UUGGAGUGCUGCAUUUAUCUCUUUAGAGCUGAGUUCAGACAGAGGGACAGCUGACUACGACAAGAUGGCCGGAGCUUGUUUACUGGUCUUUAUUGUUGCUUUACAGCUGGAGGUGAACGGACUGCCCGCUAAAACUACAAAUGAAAACACAGGAGCUGUGUUUGUGUCGCAGCAGGCAGCCAACACCGUGCUGAUCCGCUUGCGCAGGUACAACAGCGGCCAUCUUGAAGAAGUUCUUUACAAAGACAACCUGGAGCGGGAGUGUAAAGAGGAAACAUGCACCAUGGAGGAGGCCAGGGAGGUGUUUGAGAACGAUGAGAAAACUAUGGAGUUUUGGAAUGCGUACAUUGAUGGGGACCAGUGUAAGCCUCCACCCUGCAAGAAUGGAGCUGUGUGUGAGGAUGGGAUCAGUGCAUACACUUGCUGGUGCAAACCAAACUUCAGUGGCAAGAACUGUGAGAUUGAGGUGACCAAACAAUGUUCUGUGGACAAUGGUGGAUGUGCUCAUUUCUGUGUGAUGCAAGCGGAGCUGCCUGUGUGUCAGUGUGCGGCUGGUUACAUACUUGGGGCAGACAAGAAGAGCUGUGAACAAACAGAACCAUUCAGCUGUGGUCGAGUGGGCCCACCCUCCACACCCAGGUCUGCCAUGGCCCCACGCUCUUUAAACAUCACCCACAGCACAGACAACAACACUGACAUCUUCUCAGAUGACGACUUGAGUGACUAUAUAGCACAAAUGUACGAUGACUACGACAUUCCUACGAAUGAACCACAGCUGUUCAACAUCAGUGAAGUGUUUAACCGCUCAGUGAGGUCAGUUUCAGCCUCAUCUUUGAAUCAAGAGGAGGACGGCAACAUCACUGAAAAACAGCUUCCUUCCUGGGCUUUCUUUCCCACACUCCCCACCAUCACAGAAAAGGACAACACUGACGAGAGGAUUGUGGGAGGAGACGAAGCAAAGGCUGGAGAAAUACCAUGGCAGGUGACUCUGAUGUAUCACUCACCCUCCCAAGGCAGAGCACAGCCCUUCUGUGGAGGAUCCUUGCUCAGUGAACUCUGGGUCAUCACUGCUGCUCACUGUCUGAUCCAAGCUGAUAUCGCUCAACGAGUUUUCUUUGUCAGAGCAGGUGAACAUGAUAUUAACAAAGAUGAGGGUCCAGAGCGAGACCAUUUGGUGGCACAGCGGCAUAUCCAUCGCAGCUACAACUACAACCUGUCACCAUAUAACCAUGAUAUUGCUCUGCUGAAGCUUGCCACUCCUGUGGAGCUGUCUGUCCAGAGACGUCCUAUCUGCCUGGGCCCCAAAGACUUCACAGAGAACCUUCUAAGGGAGUCCAGCACCUCUCUGGUAAGCGGCUGGGGAAGGAUAAAGUUCCUGGGCCUUGAAGCCACCACGCUUCAGAAGCUUGAGGUCCCAUAUGUGGAACGCACCCUCUGCAAACAGAGCAGCCGGGAUCAUGUCACACGCUUCAUGUUCUGCGCUGGCUACCAAAGUUCACAGAAGGAUGCGUGCCAGGGGGACAGUGGGGGGCCGCAUGCCUCCAAUUACAAAGGCACUUGGUUCCUGACGGGUAUCGUCAGCUGGGGGGAGGAGUGUGCAAAAGACGGGAAGUAUGGCAUCUAUACUCGAGUGUCUCGGUACUACUCUUGGAUCAGUUCCAUAACAGGGCUUCAAAUUAACUAAAAAGUAGAGUCAUGUCUAUAACAAAGAUAAAACAGGUGUCAACCCACAGUUUCAAAAACCACAGAGGAGGCCCUUAAGAAAAAAAUUAUUUGAAAACCUCCAUGGUAUAUUUCUAGUACUCAAUAAAGUCUGACAAAUUA